UUACCUCCCACAGUUUCUCAAUGCAUUUGUUUGAACUUAGAGGGUUCAUUGUGCUGUCAGUCAUAGGAGUAACACAAUGGACUGGACGACUACUGUCGCACUGAUCUUGUCAGUGUUACAACCUGCUCGUUGUUUCAACAUUGACCCUGUGGCUUGGAAGUCCUUGAGCAACCGUGCUGCAGGUUUUGGCUACCAGGUGGUGCAAAGACAAUCGGAUUUGCUUGUGAGUGCCCCACUUGCACAGUAUUCAGAAAAUGGAAGGGGCGAAAUAUAUAGGUGCACCAACGACAACUGCCAAAAUAUUAAAGUUGCAGUGCCAGAUUAUGCAGUCAAUAUGUCCCUUGGUUUGACAAUGACAAGUGAUCCGAAGACGCAAAACACUAUGGCAUGUGGCCCAACCAUUCCUAAGGACUGCAGAAGUAUCACCAUGUACAACGGUGUCUGCUUUGAGAUCGAUAGGUCUAAUACAAUUGGACAACCUAUGCCUUCUUCUCUUCAAGAGUGCAGAACAGUAGCAGACAUUGCCUUCCUGUUGGAUGGUUCAGGCAGCGUUGAUGCAGAAGAUUUUCAAACAAUGAAGACCUUUGUGAAAAAUCUGGUCCGGUCAUUUCUGUCAAGCGACACACAGUUUUCCAUUUCCCAGUUCUCCAGCUCACCCGACAUUCAUUAUUAUUUUAACAAUUUUUUCUCGAAUGGACAAUGGGAGCAAAACAUUGAUGGAAUAUAUCAACUAGGGGGAUCAACUUUCACAGCAAAGGCCAUCCAAUAUGUCGUCAACAACGUUUUUGUACCACAAAGAGGUUCAAGACAGAAUGUGAAGAAGAUCUUGAUAGUCAUCACAGACGGAGCAUCUAACGACCGGGGCCAAUUGCAAAAUGCUGCAGCUUCAGCCGAAAGUAAGAAGAUUGUUCGAUUUGCGAUUGGGGUGGGGAAUGCAUUUCAAGUCACAGGAGCAAGAAGGGAACUGGACACCAUUGCGUCUUCUCCCUCAACAAAACAUGUGUUUCAAGUGGAAAACUUUAACGCACUUGAAAUAAUAAGGCAGACUUUGCAGGACAGCAUCUUCUCUAUCGAAGGAUCUCAAACCAGUGGUGAAUCACUGAAAAUGGAAAUGUCUCAAGAGGGAUUCAGUGCAACUUAUGUGCCAGGGGGAAUUCAGAUGGCUAUUGUUGGUGCGAACGAGUGGAGGGGAGGCUACAUGCAAUACACAAGGACAGGCACCAAAGUGAACUCAUACGAGCCUACGUCUAUGAAGACGGACAGUUAUCUUGGUUACUCCAUAGCAGCUGCUCAAACUAGGGAAGGCCUCCUGACAGUUGUUGGAGCUCCGAGAUACGAACACAGAGGAAUUGCGAUAGCUGCUUACAGAGAAAGAACUAGCCAAGUGAUUGACCCCUAUCCAUGGCAGCAUCAGACUGGUGAAUAUUUUGGGGCUGAGGUUUGCGCCAUGGAUCUGAAUUCAGACGGCAACGCUGACCUCAUCCUCAUAUCUGCUCCAAUGUACAAGGAACCCGACAGAGAGGGAAGAGUUUACGUUUGCACAAUAACUGGUUUGAGUGUCGGGUGCCAUUUUGAUGAUCCAUUAGUACUAAGAGGAGAUGAAUCUGACAAAGCAAGGUUUGGGUCUUCCCUCGCUGUGCUGCCUGAUCUGAACACAGAUGGACUCAGUGAACUGGCAGUCGGAGCACCUUUGGAGAACGACGGUCAAGGCAGCAUCUACAUAUUCCACGGCGAAGGAGGAGGAAGAAUCAGUUCUGCUUUUUCACAGAGAAUAGCUGCCUCUGAAGUCCAGUCCGGACUGAGGUUCUUUGGCAUGUCGAUCAGUCAGAUGUCUUUCGACCGGAGUGGUGACAGGUUGCCUGAUUUAGCGGUGGGUUCAAAGGGCACUGUUGUCUUACUCAGAUCAAGGCCAAUAGUACUGGUAGAAACUGCAGUGUCAUUCAGCCCAACCCUGAUCCCUACUCAGAACCAAAAUUGCUCAACCCCCCUGGAUGGUUUAGCUAAAAUCUGCUUCACCAUGACCAGAUUCUCUGCAGUAGACACAGCUCGGGCAAAUAUUAAUUUUACUUUUACGCUGGAUGCCAAUCGCAAGCCGCCAAACAACCGAGCGUACAUCAGCGGCAAACAACGAGAGGAAACCAGAACCGUGACCGCUGACUUACGUGGGCAAACGUGCUCCACUGUGAAAUUCUUCAUUGAGGCGUGCCCAGAAGAUGCCCUCAACGAACUUUCCAAUGAGGUCAGAUUCACAUUUGAUGGUUUGCCCUCUUCUGAAAAUCUCAGACCAAGUCUUGCUCAGCAGGCUCAGACAACAACCUUUCAUCCUAUUGGGUUUGAGAUCAACUGUGGCAUGGACGAGAAAUGUGUAGAUAAGCUGAAAGUGGAUUUCAACUUCACCAACUCCUUAGAGGUUAAAGUGGGCAUUGACGAGCUCCUGAAUGUCACCGUCUCAAUGGAGAACAGCGGAGAAAACUCCUACAACAGCCUGGUUACGCUCACAUAUCCACCCGGACUCUCUUAUAGGAAGUUCACAGCUCUGCAGGGACGAAUUGAGUGCAGAUCCUUGGACAGUGAGGAUGGCUUAGUGGCAGGAAAGACACAGUGCACCGUCGACAGGCCUAUUUUCAAGAACAACGCUAAGGCUUUCUUCGUUGUCGCCUACGGGAUUGAAACUGACAGUCAACUUGAUGGAAGAAUCUACAUCACCACAAACGCCAGCAGUGGAAAUAAGGAGCACGACCCUAAAGGUGAACUCUACAAAAAGAAAGGGAUUGAUGUGAAAUACAGCAUUUUUGUUACAAUCGACAGCUCUCUCAGCUACAAUAAUUUCACUUUUGGAAUGAAUGAUUUGCAGAAACCAGUCAAGCAGCCAAUCAAGGUUACAAAUGACAUCAGGGCGCUGAAUUUCACUGUGGUGAUCAGGGUUCCGGUAAAGCUCGGCGAUAAAGACAUUUGGGCGAAUUUGAGCAGCUUGGAGAUUCCAGAUUGCCCAAAACAAAACAGAGACGAAAAACCUGUUGUCCGAGAUUUUGUUGCUCAGAUUCAAAAAACUAAGGUGGUGGACUGCUCUGUAGCCACGUGUAGAGUGUUCAAGUGCAGCAGAUUCAUGGAAAGACUGGACACUAAGACGUACACAAUCUCUGCCAACAUUAGCUCAGGUUGGAUCCAGCAGAUUGGACUUGAAUCUGCAAAAUUCCUCCUGACCAGCACUGCCAGUCUGGAGUAUGACAGAAACCAGUAUAUCUUCUUUUCAAUUGGGUCUAAUAACAAUCCUCCUGUUCGCAAGAUUGAGACAGAAGUUGAGGUGUAUCCUGAACCAGAUUUCACCAAAGAGAUCGUUGGAGGUUCCCUGGGAGGACUGGCUUUCCUGGCUUUACUCACUGCUGGUUUGUACAAGGCUGGAUUUUUCAAGAGUAAAUACCAAAACAUGAUCAAUGAAGGUGCAGACGGUGGAGCGGAUCCAGGGAUUGAUGGAGAUGCACCAGAAUAAAACACAAAAAAGCCGUUUGUAUCUCACAGAAGUCCGGUAUUUUCAGAUCCGUUAGACUUGUCGACUGGUGCUGACAUCAGAACAAAACAGAUUCAGCAUCUCUAGUUGGCACUCUCAUCUCUCAUGAGUUAAUUUGUACCAGUAGCACCUGGGCAUUUUUAAUCUCAAAUGAACUUGUCGACAUGUUCAGGACUGAACAUGGUUCUGUGCCGAUAGCUCUGAUUCGGUAAUUUAAAAUACAGCUUGUUUGCAUCUGAAAUCCCUCCCUUGUAUAGUCAUUCACUAUUGUCUAUAGCAGAGGUUCCCAACCUGAGGGUCACAAAACAAACUUCAGGUAUCAAUGUUAUUCUCCUUUUAAAGAAACACUUACAACUUUAAUGUUUUAGCCUUCUGGAGCUCAAAAAAUACUUAAAUGAAACAGUGUGAGCAGGGAAAACAUCCGUCUAUCAACUGCUCACACUAUUGGUUCAUUUAAGGCGUCACAGUAAAACAAAAGGUUGGGAACUGCUGUUAUAUAUUGUCGACAUUUAGUAAUUUGCAUUGUGGUAAACUGUUAAUUGAGAUUUCGUGCACUAUAUGGAGCAUAAAGUUUACACUUUACACAUGUAGUGCACUUUGAGGCACAUGAGCAAUGAUUUUAAACACAGCCUAAGCUUUAGAGUUUUUAUCUUUUAGAAACCAUAUUUUGCUGGUUGACAAUGAAACAUUUCUGCAUUUACAUUUCUGCAAAUGUGUGUUAAUUUGUAGAAAUCCCUUCAUACAGUCCAUUGUGUGAUGGGAAAAAAUUGUACAGUAUGAGCUGUUGUAUUCUAGUUUUUAUCACAUUAUGUACUGUAAAAUUUCUAAAAUGCUUAAACUUGCUAACUUGCUUAAAAAAACAACAACUGUAUUAUUACAGUUGAGAGUGUGAACUGCAUUGUUUAAAAAUAAAUUAUGAAAUGUGUCAUCUUGAAA